UUAAAAAUUAUAACCCCUAUUCUGUUCUUUUCUUUUCUUUUCUCUCUCUCACUCUCACUCAUCACAUGCUCAAAAAUCCCACACUUGUUCCUCAUCAUGCCGCUGCUCUUUCUUCUACUACUAUUUCUCACCGCCACCGCCAUAUCCGCCGGAGACCUCCCGGGUUUCAGAGAAGCACCUGCAUUUCGAAACGGAAAAGAAUGUCCUCGAAUAGUGCGGUCCUCGCUGGACAACCCGUCAAUGAUCCACAUCGCGAUGACGCUAGACGAGACCUACCUACGUGGCUCCGUCGCCGGAGUAUUCUCCGUCCUCCAACACGCCUCCUGUCCGGAAAACAUCGUCUUCCACUUCAUCGCUUCUCGCCUAUACAGCCACAACAACAACCUCCGCCACGUCAUCACUUCAACGUUUCCGUACCUGAGUUUCCACCUCUACCUCUUCGACUCCAACUUAGUGAAAGGCAAGAUCUCCUACUCCAUUCGACGCGCUCUCGACCAACCUCUCAACUACGCCCGGAUCUACCUAGCGGAUCUGGUUCCCUCCGCCGUUCGGCGAAUCAUCUACUUCGAUUCCGAUCUCAUCGUCGUAGAUGACGUGGCUAAGCUCUGGAACAUCAAUUUAGGUAAGCAUGUGGUGGGAGCGCCAGAGUAUUGUCACGCGAAUUUCAGUCACUACUUUACCCAAGAGUUUUGGUCAAGGCCGGUAUUGGCGGCGUCGUUAAAGGGGAGGAAGGCGUGCUAUUUUAACACGGGGGUGAUGGUGAUAGAUAUAUGGAAAUGGAGGGAAGGGAAAUUCACGCAAAGAUUGGAAUAUUGGAUGAGAAUUCAAAAGAGGUAUAGGAUAUAUGAGCUUGGUUCAUUGCCUCCUUUUCUCUUGGUUUUCGCUGGUGACGUGGAAGGUGUUGAGCACAGGUGGAACCAGCAUGGACUCGGAGGUGAUAAUUUGGAAGGGCUAUGUAGAAACCUUCAUCCUGGUCCUGUCAGUCUUUUGCAUUGGAGUGGCAAAGGUAAGCCUUGGCUUAGACUUGAUAAUAACCGACCUUGUCCUUUGGAUACUUUAUGGUCUCCUUAUGAUCUUUUUCUUCGCCACCACUCCUCCAACUCCUACUUCUUCUCCGAUACUUAAACCCACCCACCACACUUCCAAAACUAAUUACAACUAACACAUCUCUUCUUCAUUUUAUGUAAUUCCAGAUUUUUAAUUUCAUUCCUUUCCUUUCCUUUCCACUUUCUAUCAAUAUCAUCUGUUUUUGUACAGCUUGGAAUGUUGUAUUUUGUAUCAAAAUAAUUAGAUGCUCUUCUGCCUCUCGUUGACUAUUCUUUUUUACAAAUUCAUUUGUUGUUGGUGCAAUCCAAAAGUUGUUUUACACUUUCCAGUUAUAUGUGUCGGUAUGAAAAAUAUCAUUUCAUUAUUUUUAUUUUUACAAGGGAAAAAGAAAAUUAUCUUUGUUCUCUUUUAUAGUGCGAUAAUGAUUUCUAAGCAUCGCUUUCCAUAUGAAAGAGAGAUAUGUAUAUAUAUAACCCCCAAUUAUAUUAUAAUUAUAAUAUAUGUAUGUAUGUUAAAAAAUAAAAAUGUCACAUCAAAAAAUUAUCUAUUCUUAUUCUAAGCUAGGAAAUUUGUACAACUGCCCAAAUCUUAAACCAGUCAACUUAGCUCGAAUAUGCGAAUCCCUCUUCAAUUUAUGCUCUUCAUUCAAUACCGAAAUCCGAUUGUUGUGGAGUAAUUAAAAUGAGAAGAUUUUUUUUAACAAAACAGAUUUACGAAAUUGUCAAACUUUGUGCCUCAUUUCAUUGAUCAGUUUAACAGUCCAUUUUGAACAGCUGUUUGAAGCCGACCGUUUAAAAAAUGUGAAAUUGUGGAAAAAUUAAAAAUAUUUUUUUUGUGAAAUUGUGGGAAAUAAAUUCGAUUUUUGAAACUGCACAUUAUUGUAUGGUAAGUUUAUGAAAAAUAAUUAUUUAUGUUAAUUGAAUGUUUGGCAAUAACAUAAAUAAAUAAAUAAAGUUUCUUGGUUUACCUGGAGUGCCAAGAAGCAACUUACAGUCUCACGUUCUUCCACAAAAUCUGAAUAUCGAGCAUUGGCCUCCACCGCUACUAAAUCGUGUUGGCCUCGCCAACUUUUGAAAGAUUUGGGCAUCUUUCUUUCAACACCUCCUAAGCUUUGGUGUAACAAUGUCUUAACCUUGGCUAUUGCUUCUAAUCUCGUUUUCCACGCCAGGACGAAACACAUUGAAGUAUAUUACCAUUUCAUUUGAGAGCGUGUUCUUUGUCGUGAAUCGUGAUCUUCUUGUCAAAUACAAAUACUGAUGAUCAGCUGGCUAAUGCUUUUACUAAGAACCUUCCUAUUCCUCGCUUCCAGUUCCUCCAAUCCAAAAUCAUGUUGCCUCUCGGCCCCCAUGACUUUGAGGGGGGAUGAAAGUAGAAGAGAUAAGGUUCAUUUCAAAAGCUAAUGGUAACUUCCAGACGAUGUCGUUUUAUUUAAAUGAAAACAACAUCGUUUGGUUAAGUGAGGCGUGAUGAUAUUUUUGCUCAAGACACUGUCGUUUUGCUGCCGUUGAAUUUAUCAAGUGACACGACGCAGUAUAUCUUCCAUAGCUCUGCAUCUCCUUCCACAACUCUGCUUCUUCUAGUGUUAGAUCAGAUAUUUUCUGUUAAAUAUUUCUUGUUGUACCAGCUGAAAUAUUUAUAGAGUUUGUUAGAGGUGGAAUCCCCAUGUGUUCAUUUAUAGAGCUCUCUAUAAAGAGUCUCCUCGUAUAAUCUGUUGCUUAAGCUCA